GGUAAAAACAAAGGGUCCGGUCCCGAAGCUCAACAUGGACGGGUCAUAACAUGCCUGCCCCUGACGAAGCUGACGCCGGUGAAACAUCAAAAUGACGAUGAGGACACGGACUCGGCAAGAUACAUGAUCCGAGUCGUUAGGCUGCCAUGAUAAUGCGCCUGCUAUGGCUGCUUGCGGAAUGCCUUUCGUUUCAGCUCGGGAUUCAUGUACGAUGUACGCUCAUGCUUUACAAAGAACAACGUCAUCAUCUUGACGAGCUUCUUCACAAUACAGACGAGGGGAAGAGAAUGGUGAUUCAGGGCAAGACAUCACAAUUGCUGGCUCUUGCGAGAUGUGCAACGGAAUUCCAACAGGUUUUUUUCGGUUCACUGAAGGCUCUGCGAGCAGUCAGCCUCUUUUCCGACCGUGGCUUCGUGAACAGCAGUCAUGACUUCCACAGAGGCCAAAUUCGCCACAGAAUUGAACGCCGUGGUUUCGAGCUUUUCGCAUAUGAUAGAUUCCAACAUCAAACGUGGCACCUUCAGCUUGAUGAAACAUUGCGGUGUCCACUUCUAAUGCAAAUGGUCUUCUUUGUAGGGUGAUGUCCACUUACUCAGGUAGCCAAGGAUGGAUUUAGGUAAUCUCGCGAGCCGUUCGUCGGCAAUUCGA